GCUCGCGUGCCACGGCAUUUGUAAUGGCGUGCGACGGCUAGGAAAAGGGCAACAACGCGCACGAGUGCUCGAGUUUUCGUCUGUUGUAAAAACGGGAAGUGCGUUAGUGCGUGCGUGGCGUGACAGUAUCGUUAAAAUGACAACGACGUCGAGUAUUCUGCCGUCGUAUCAGCGGUUCGUGAAUGGUGUGCCGGUGCCUCUAUUCUCGAGACGGUCGUUCCGCCCGCGUGAAAAGUAUCUGAUCAUGUUGGUGUUUUUGACGUUCGGUGUCGUGUGUUUCGGAACGUUCUUCUUUUUGCCGGAUUUCCGUCCGGGCACUGGCGGCGUCGCAGUGAACAGUGUUUACCGUGUAUACCAACACAUGCAAAAAGCGGGACCGGAAUUACUUAUACCGGCGCCACCUCGUUUACAAGGGGGCAUAAAGGGGUCCAUAGGUCAUCUUAAUGCUGUGCCACCUGGACACGAGGGCAUUGAUCAUCAGGAUGUGCAUAUUCUUCAGGACAAGCAAAAGCUGCAGGCGAAGAUCGACGAGGAAUAUCAGCAACAGAAGAUGUUAGAGAAGCCGGAAGUGAUUGGUGAAAUACAUGUGCGUGUUACUAGUUCGCCAUCGUUAGUGCUUCACCGGAAGAACGAAGUUCUAGAGACUGUGCCGCCAGCACCCGCCAGUAAACUUCCUUUGACGGUUGGUGGAGAGGACAAGGACCCCAUCGCCAGGGAACGGAGGGACAAGGUCAAAGAGGUGAGUGAUUACGAUUUCAACUGCAGCAGCUUCGUAGCCAGUAAUUUUCAUCAUUUGUAAGUAAAUUAUGGAACAAUUAACUUAAUCUCAGACUAAUGAAUUUUUUCCAAAUUUUCCAGAAAAUAUUAUAUCUAUAUAUUAUUAAAUUUUACGUCGUUUCACUUCUUAAAACUCCGUAUGUACAUUUCUUAAGAGUUCAAAGGAUCGUUGGGCAACAGAUUGGCCAACCGUCUCGAAAAGAAAAGUUUGGCAACGUCGUGUAAGGUCGUGCGAGACACCUGCAACAGCUUAAUACUUUAUAGCGACCCCCUUUGGACUUACUCGUCGGCGAUAUUUUUUCGAGGGUGUGGGUCGAAGAGCGCCGAGGGCGAGGCGCGAUAAAGGGUAGUUGUUCGAGUUCGUUAGAACGGCGAGAAUAAAAGGAGAGCCGUGGCGAGAUAGGAAGAAAACAGGGCAAUUAUUCGAGGUGGGACAGGAACAUUUUUAUUAAAGUUUCUUAUCGGCCACCCGCGUGAUGUAUAACGUCACGCUCGAAGCGGUUCCCGUGCGAACACGAUGGCCACUUCCUCGCGUGUUCGAAGAAACGUAUCCGCGUUUUCGAUCUUUUCGGUUAUUUGUCAUUUACUUUGUAGGGUUAUUUAGGAAGAUUUAAAAGUUUUUCGAAAGUUUUUUUUUUUUUACGAUGUCUCGAGAUGUUCGACGUCUGGGGUCUAUUUUCUAUUAGAUUUUCCUCGUUAUAGAGAGAGAUGCUAGGAGGGUGUAAUUUUACGAUGUUUACUCGAGAAGGGUUGCGAUGAUGGUUUUGUGUUACCUUUUAUUAUCCUUAUUUGUUCCUCGUGUUGAUUUUACAUGUUACAAUAAAUGUAAGUUGAUCUUUGUUCCUUUAUUAUUUCGUUAUACUUCGAUUCUUUAUUUUUUUGAAAGAUAGAGAAAGGUAUUUUUCUAAACAAAGAUUAUAAAAUAUUAAGGGAAAAAGUC